AUGCCGUUAAACCGUCAUGCGACUACCCCAAAGUCAUACUCUGGAUGUUGGACCUGUCGUAAACGCCAUGUCCGAUGCGACGAGCGCCAGCCGGCCUGUGCCCGCUGCGAGCGCGCAGUUCUGUCGUGCGAAGGAUAUGCCAUGGCGCUGAACUGGGUGGAUUAUGGGGAUAAUCGGGACCCUAAGCAGGUCGCGGGGCCAUCCGGACGGCGUAUGCGUCGGUGGUGCGCACCCGCCCCAGGCCGCCGCAGCUGGCCCACCCUCAACUCGAAUCGGAUCCAGGAUGAGCUGGAAGAUCGCGUGAGCUUACAUGGAGAGGCCCGACAGGGGCCGUUUUCAGUGUUCGUAGUGGAGAUGGCGGAAGGGGGGAGCAGAUGUAGCGAGGGGUUGCGGCUGCAGUAUCUCCGCCGGCCGCCAGGACAGUUGCAUGACUGCAUUGAGCCUCUCCGCGAGAGACGGCUCUUAAAUCACUGGCGCCUCCACCUCAGUGCUGCUCUCAUGCCUAUUCCGGCGGGCAACAACGUGCUAGUCUCCGUGUUCCUGCCCAUGGCCCUCCACGGGUUCCUCCAGCCCCGUGCCAUGACCAGAGGCUGCAUGGCCCUCUUCCACGCCAUCUGUGCACUCUCAGCCUCGAAUCUCGCCGCCCUCAGGGGCAACGACCCGGAACUGCUGGGCUCAGCUGCCACGCAUCGACUGCACAGUUUUACCCAUCUUCGUCUCCAACUUUCAGCCCUGCAGGCGGGCGAGGACAGCGACGUGGUCGCCCUCCUGGCAACGAUCAUCCUUUACCUGACUGAAAGCGCCACCGAGGGCAUCGCUCAUGUCUGGCGACAACACAUUCAUGGGGGCCUCAGUCUGCUCAAGGCGGUGCGGUCCGAACUGUGGUGCGUCUCGACCUCCGCGGCCAUGGUGCUAGAAUUGUUCCAGUUUCUACAUACGGUGGCUACAUAUCAGCAAUGCCAAUGCCAUCCCCCCACCAAGUAUCCAGCUCCGCUGUGGGGUUCUUCCGGCGACGACAGUGCCUGGGAGAUCGCCUACAUCCAGCCCGCCCUGGGGGGCCUCCCUUACCCCCUGCUCAUGGCACUGCAUCGCAUUCAGGCACUACCGCCCGCGCUCGACUUGUCGCCCGCCCACUUGGACUGCAUGGAGCUCGAGCUUUAUCAAUUGGCCCCGCCUCCUGGCGUCCCGACGCAUGGACUGCAAUCAAUCCACUGCCACAUCUUUUAUUUUUCCCUCUUGAUUUUCUUCAAGCGGCGAACCGGCCGAGGCGCAUCGGGCGCAUUGGAGGAACUGGCUCACGAGGGCUGGGAGCAUGUGCGGCGGCUUGAUGCGUUCGGAAACCAGGGUAGCCCCGUGACCUGGCCCAUCAUCGUAAUUGCGUGCGAGAUUCAAAUUCAGGAGCUCCGAGAGCAGGUUCUGCACUGGUUGACACUCCGAGCUCGCUCUGGAUUUGCGGUUUACCGUCGUGCCCGGGAUCUGUUGCUCCGGGUCUGGAGUCGUGUGGAACCCUCUUUCGCGGACAGUUACUGGGCGACUUUACUGCACACGAUUCCGGAGUUCGAUAUCUAUUGGGGUUGAGGGGUUUGGCUUGCUCUGACUCAUGCGCUCGCUCGAAGUCUAGAUGAUGUAAUGUAAUGUUAAAUAACUGGUACGUGGCCGGAAAGCUUGCAUGAGGCAGUCUUGUUAAGGCGGAGAACCGAGAGUCCACCUGUCUGACGCUCGGUGCCGAAGAUCGGCCAACGUUAUCUAUCCUCGGCUUUGUAGCUAUCCACCGCAGGUUUAUUAAUAACCAAC